UCCAUAAAGAAUGUUGCAAUUGAUUAUCUGUACGUUACGAUUUAAAUUUGAAUUUAGUACGGCGUCCUUUGAUUCGUUACUUUCAAAUGUAUUUUAUUUACUAUGUUAAACAAAAAGAGUUGAUACAUGUAUUUAGAAACAAAAUCAUGGUGAAUUGUAUUGUAAUAUGAACUAAAAUUUAAUUUGGGAAAUGUAUGUGUGGUUUCUAUGAUAAUAUCAAGCAUUGUGUUGCGAAUGAAAAAUAUAUUAUAGAAUGAGAAAUAGGAUGGUCGAGGAAAAUCGUAUUAAUGAAAGUUUUCCUGAAGCCAAUAUGGAAGUUAACGAAGAGAAUGUUUUACAUGAAGAUGAAAACGGUGGAAUAAAGGUGGAUGAUGAUAUAUAUAUACCACCACCUCUUAAAGUUAUUAAUGAAGUUGAUGUUAAUGGUCCUAGAUUAAUGAUCACUAAGAUUGUUAAUGAAAAUUUCAAAAGUUAUGGAGGUACACAGGUUAUUGGCCCAUUUCACAAGUGUUUUUCAGCAAUUGUUGGGCCAAAUGGUAGUGGUAAAAGCAAUGUUAUAGAUUCAAUGUUAUUUGUAUUUGGGUAUAGAGCAUCUAAGAUUAGAUCAAAAAAGAUAUCAGUUUUAAUACAUAACUCAAAUGAAUAUCAGGAUGUUAAUAGCUGUACAGUAUCUGUAUAUUUCCAACAAAUAAUUGAUAAGUUGGAAAUGGAUUAUGAUAUAGUCCCAAACAGUGAAUUCGUUAUAUCGCGAACAGCAUUUAAAGAUAAUUCAUCUUAUUAUGAACUAAAUAAAAAAAAAGUACAGUUCAAAGAGAUUGCAAAACUUUUAAGAUCUUAUGGUGUAGAUUUAGAUCACAAUCGCUUUCUAAUUUUACAGGGAGAAGUUGAACAAAUAGCAAUGAUGAAGCCUAAGGCACAAAAUGAAAAUGAUACUGGUAUGCUUGAGUUUUUGGAAGAUAUAAUUGGAACAGUUCGUUAUAAAGAACCAUUAGAAAAACUAUCAAACAAAAUAGAACUUUUAUCAGAACAUAGGGUGGAGAAAUUAAACCGCCUCAAAAUUGUUGAAAAAGAAAAAGCAGCUCUUGAAGAACCCAUGCAAGAAGCUAUUCAAUACUUGCAAUUAGAAAAUGCAAUUACAAAAUUACAGCAUCAACUUUAUUGUUAUCAAAGAUUUGAAACAUCAAAAGAAAUUGUGGAACAGGAAAAUAAAAUUAAUGAAAUGGACAAAGAUUUAUCAGAUCUUGUAAACAAAAUGGAAGAAAUUUAUCAUGAUAAAGAGCAGAAGAACAAAGUGAUUAAGGAAAAAAGUGCAACAUGGAACAAUUUACAGAAACACAAGGAUGAAAUUGCAACAGAAUUUGAUAAAAUUCGAAAAUAUGACGAAUCACUUCACGCAGAAUUAGUGGAAACAAAUAAAAGACGAAAAGCUAACAUUGCAUCUUUAAAAACAGAAAAAUCUAAAUUAGAAGAACUGUAUAGAGUUCCAGAAAAAAGUGCAAAAGAUAUCCAAGAAUGUGAGGAACUUGUUGAAAAACACUCGAAAAAUAAGGAAAAAGAGGAAGUAGUAUUAGAAAAGUUGAUGGUUGAAUUAAGUAAAAAGACUAAACCACUGUUGAAUGACCGUUCCGAACUUGAGAAUGAGCUAAUAUCUUUAAGAAAGGAUGUUAAUCAAGCACAAGCAGCAUUUGAUAUUGCUAAAUCUGAGUUAGAACUGUAUACCUCAAUAGAAUUAACAGAGAAAGAAAAAUUAGAGAAAUUAAAAGAUUCUUUAAAAUUAACAAUGGAUAAUUUAAUGACACGAAACGAAGAACUACACAGUUUAGAAAACAAAAUUCCUUAUAGUGAAGGAGAAUUAAUAAAGGCACAACAAGAUUUAAAAAAGAUGAAAACAAAGGAAAUUGAAAUGACUUCAAAGCUGAAAAGAAUGAGAAUUUCAUUUGAAGAACAAAAACUUGCUAUGCAAGCAAAUAAGUCAAGGAACAAAAUUAUAGACAGUUUAAUGAGGGAAAAAAGGGAAGGUAGAAUUCCUGGUGUUUUUGGAAGAUUGGGUGAUCUUGGUGCUAUAGACAGCAAAUAUGACAUUGCAGUUUCAACAGCCUGUGGUCCCCUAGAUAACAUUGUAGUCGAUACUGUAACAACUGCACAAACCUGUAUAACAUUUCUUCGGCAAAACAAUAUUGGACGUGCAACGUUUAUACCAUUAGAAAAGCAACAGCGUUUAGUAUCAAAAUGUAAACAAAGAAUACAAACUCCUGAGAAUGUUCCAAGACUCUUCGAUCUUAUACAAGUUGAAGACGAAAGAGUAUUACCAGCAUUUUAUUAUGGAUUACAAGAUACGUUAGUGGCAAAUGAUUUAGAUCAAGCAACACGUAUUGCAUAUGGUUAUAAACGUUUCAGAGUAGUUACUUUGAAAGGCGAAUUAAUAGAAUUGUCAGGAACAAUGAGUGGAGGUGGAAGAACUGCAAUGAAAGGGAGAAUGGGACAAAAAGUUGUGAGAAAUGAAAUAUGUAUAGCAGAUAUUGAAACACUAGAGUCAGAUUUGAAUAAAACUUGUGAACAGUGCAAUCAACUUAAAGCUAGAUCUCAAUCUUUAGAAAAUCAGAUUCAUAUGUUAAAUGUAGGUUUAAAGGAAAUGAAAGUUAAUAAGGAAAAAUUGUACAUUGAAGUGAAGACAUUAAGCGAACAAGAACCAUCGUUAUUGGCACAAAUUAAAGUUCAAGAGAAAAGAGCUGUAGAAUUAAUAUCAAACCCACAAAAAGUGCAACAGCUAAAGGAAGUAAUGAACUCUGCAAAGGAAACUUUGGAUGAUGUGCAAAAGAAUUCAAAAACUGUUGAAAAUCAGGUAAUUCGUAUUAAUAAAGAAAUAGAUACAUUGUCAGGGAGUUCUGUGAAAAAUCAACAAAAGAAGGUAGCUGACCUAUCUAAAGCAAUUGAUACAGCUAAAGCUGAAAUAUGCAGAUUGCAAGUUGCUAUUAAAACAGCUGAGAGAAAUGUAAAGAAAACCGAGCAACGAAUAGAAUGCUUAGAAAAUGAUGUACGUACUUGUGAACAAAGACUCCGUGAUAUUCAGAAAGAAAAGCAAAAAUUAGAAGAACAAGGAAAAGAAUAUUUAAAAAAGCUUGAGGAAUUAACGGAAGCUCUUUUAGAAAGAGACGAAGCAAUGUCAUCUUUUAAAGAAGAAUUAGAUAUUUUGCAGGCUAGGGAGAAUAAACUGAAAGCAAUUAAAAUAGAUCUCGAUCAGAAAUUAAAAGAGCAUAGAAAUACAAUUAAGGGUUUAAAUCAAAAAAUACCAGAUUUCACAAGAAAAAUAGUAAAUUUAAAACUCCAAAUAAUACCCGGUGAAAAUGUGGAAGAGUUGAAAGAAUUAACAGAAGAGGAACUUAAUGAAUUGGAAGAAAAAGUUCUUAUAGGAAAUUUACAAAAAGCUAAGAAAAAGUUACCUAUGGAAGUUCCAAAUAUGCAACUUAUAGCAGAAUAUAAAGAAAAAGAUGCAUUAUAUUUACAACGUGCUGCUGAUUUAGAAAAAAUAACUACUGAACGCAAUAGAAUACGAGAUAUUUAUGAAAUUGCAAGGCGUCGAAAAAUUCAAGAGUUUCUUGCAGGUUUUACUAUCAUUACUGAUAAAUUGAAAGAGAUGUAUCAAAUGAUUACAUUAGGUGGUGAUGCUGAAUUAGAAUUGGUCGAUUCUUUAGACCCCUUUAGCGAAGGAAUUGCUUUUAGCGUAAGACCUCCAAAGAAAUCUUGGAAAAAUAUUUGCAAUCUUAGUGGUGGUGAAAAAACUUUAAGCUCUUUGGCUCUUGUAUUUGCACUACACCACUAUAAACCCACUCCUUUAUAUUUUAUGGAUGAGAUAGAUGCUGCCUUAGAUUUUAAAAAUGUUUCAAUCGUUGGAAAUUAUAUUAAGGAAAGGACAAAAAAUGCACAAUUUAUAAUUAUAUCUUUAAGAUCGAAUAUGUUUGAACUUGCGGAUUAUCUGGUUGGGAUAUACAAAACAUACAACUGUACGAAGAGUGUUACGGUUGAUUUGAAAAAGUAUUACGAAAAAAAUGGAAUUGUCCCACCGACACAAAUAUCCUCUAAAACUCUAUAUUCCACACAAACACAACAAUUUGCUAUGCAAAGUCAGCACAAAGAAAAUUGUACAGCACAAAAUGUGAAUACUGUACAAAAUACGGAAAAAGUUCGAGAACCGAAUGGGAAUGCAGUUGAAUUGCCUGAAUUAGGAUUAUGUCCAACGCCAAAAAAAGCACCUAGUGAAAAUACACAUACAAAUAUUAAUAAUAGUAACAUAAAUGAUGGCAAUACUUGUGGCAAACCUUUAAAAAAGAAGCGCAAGAUAUAAAAUAUAAAAUAUAUAUGUUUGUUAAUAUUCAAUGUAUGUAGAAGAUAUAUUUUUAUAUGCAUAAUAUAAUGCAAAUCUGACAGACAUAAAUUAUAUGUAAGUUAGAAAUAAAUU